AUGAGUACAACAUUGGCAAUUCCUGAUUUAACUCAUUCCACUCGAUUAGUUCUAUCUGACCUUGAAGCCUUACGACAUGAACAUAAUUUAGUACUCUCAUCAACAGUCGACGACGAUAAAUCUCAACGUCUUCAGCAAUCACUUGAAUCAAUCGAUUUGGGUAUUGAUGAAGCAGUUGUUAUGUUACAACUUGAUAAUCAUUUAGACAAUCUCGAUAGUGAAAUACAUAAAUUAAUGUUACAAGUCCAAAGGCUAACACAAGAAAAUAGUUGGCUACGUGAUGAACUUUCACUAACAGAAAAACAUUUACAAACAAGUACACAACUGCAACAAGAUUAUGAACAUGAUAUUCAUCUAUUAAAUGAAUCAUUAAUAGCAUCACCAUCCAAAUCGGAGAAUCUCAAUAUAGAAAAUCAAAUCGAUAUUGAUACAGAUCUGCUCAAUGAAGCAAAAGAUCAAAUAAUAAAUACGAAUAUUCAUAUGAAUGGGGACACAAAAAAUCAUUCGGAAAUUCCACCACGUUUUCGUACUUUACAUAAUCUUGUUAUACAAUAUGCUCAAGCUGGUCGAUAUGAAGUUGCUGUACCACUAUGUCGACAGGCGCUUGAAGAUCUUGAAAAAACUCAUGGUCAUACACAUCCAGAUGUAGCUACCAUGCUUAAUAUACUUGCAUUAGUGUAUCGUGACCAAAAUAAAUUUAAAGAAGCAUUAAACUUACUCACACAAGCUUUAACUAUACGAGAAAAAACGCUAGGGCACGAUCAUCCAGCUGUUGCUGCAACAUUAAAUAAUUUAGCUGUACUCUACGGAAAAAAGAAUCGAUAUAAAGAAGCAGAACCAUUAUGUAAGCGUGCAUUAGAAAUACGAGAGAAAUAUUUCGGUAUAAAUCAUCCCGAUGUUGGUAAACAAUUAAAUAACUUAGCAUUACUAUGUCUUAAUCAAGGUAAAUAUGAUAAAGUUGAAGAAUACUAUAAACGUGCUAUUGAUAUAUAUACAAAUUAUUAUGGUAAAAGCGAUUCGAAUGUAACGAAAACAAAAAGUAAUCUUGCAUCAGCAUAUUUACGUGAUGGAAAAUAUAAAUUAGCUAUUGAAUUAUACGAAGAAAUUUUAUCUGAAUCUCAGUCAACAUCCAAUGAACAGUCACAAUCAUCGAAUUCAAAUCGAGACACCACAACAAUUAUCACAACACUGAAAAAUCUUGGAGCACUUUGCCGUCGAAUGAAUCUCUCUGAGCAAGCAGACAUAUUUGAAUUGUGUGCAUCGAAAGCUUUACAAAAUCCAUCCGAAAUGAUUCCUCGAGCAUUGACUGCCUUACGACAAAUUCGAACACCUGAUGAUAUUAAUCAUCAAGCGAUGCGACGUUCUCAAACAUCGAGUUCACAAGAAUAUGGAAAAUUGCGUCGUAGUGGUUCAUUUCAAAAAUUACGUCAAAGUAUUCGACGCGGUUCAGAAAAACUUGUACAAAAACUUCGUGGAACACCAUCAAAUCUUCCUUCGUUUAAUUCAAUGCAAUUUCAACAACAAGAUUCAACAAUGAAACGUGCAUCGUCAAUGUCGGUUUUAAACAAUGAUUCACCGUCUUAUCCUCUUCAACAACAGCAAACAAAUCGGACGUUAACAAAUACAUAUUCUAUAGAUCAACAACAAAGUAAACAACAAUUUAUUCCUCCUUCUCGUGGUCGAUUGGCCAGUGCAGAAAACAUUCAUUGA